AAUAAUUGUAUUUAUAAUGUAAAAAUAAUUAAAUCAAUUAAGUACAUCAAUUUUAAAUUUAGUUCUCAAGGUUAUACUUGCAAAUGUUGGUGAACCAAACUUUUUCAGUAAUUUUAACUCUUCCAACGUCCUUGUUUUGAUGUAUAUUUGAUACUUCUAUGUUUAAAAAACAUUUAAAUAAAUUAAAGCCUAAAAAACUGAACUAAUAUGAUACGAUGCUCAAUUUUUGGAAAACAAUUCAAUCUAAAAAAAGUCCAACAUUAUCAGCUAAUAUCAAUAAUGUUGGAUUGAGUCUUACUGGUGAUGGAUUAAUGCCCCUUAAAGAUUUUGAAUAUGACGAGAAAGAUCUUUAUGGUUUGGAAAAAUGUAGACUAUCAUUGUAUUUUGAUGAAGCAUUGAUGUUAGAUAGCAGUGCACUUUUAUCUAUGUUCAGGCAAUUUUUAGACCAUCGAAAUUUAUUACCUCUAUACCAUUUGUACAUGGCAUUAUUGGGUCGUUCAGACAUUGAGGAUGAAGUUUUACGUCAAAAUGUAUUGAGGAACAUCCUAAUUCAUCGAAUUCAUUUUUCUGAUAAAUUAAUAUCAAAAAUUAGUACUCAGAGUGAACAUAUAGAUAUAAAUGAUUUCAAAGAAGUUACGGAUAAAUUUCACAUUAUAUUACAUGAAUAUUGGAAUAGUUUUGUUCAAACUGAUAUGUUUUGUAAGUAUCAAGUAGAUGUUUUAACUGGAGGACAAGUUACACUUGGUGAUAUAUUGCUUUGUAAUGGACUUCUUUCAUAUUUCAUGGAGUUCCUUGAUAGUGAAGGCUGUAGAUCUCUUGUUGAAUUCUGGUUAGCAGUUACAAAUUUUGAACGCUGUGUUGAACAGUUUAAAAAUACAUCAACCGACUAUGAACAAGCCCAAAGUGAUGCUAUUUGUAUUUAUGAAAAAUAUUUGUCUCUACAAGCAACAUGUUCACUUGGCUUUAGUGACCAAGUAAGAAUUACUGUUGAAGAAUCUAUAUGCCCAGCUGACAUACAUAGCCAAACUGUUGCAACAAUAGGGCAAUGUUUUAAAUCUGCUGUUUUAGUAGUUUUGACAUUUUUACGUCAAAGAUGUUUAAUACCAUUUCUAUCAUCACAACAUUAUGUACGUUAUUUGUCUGAAUUAAUUAAAGCUGGAAAUUCUUACCAAUCUUUAUCUCAAGACAAUGAAUCAUCUAGUUCAUCUGUUUCUGAGUAUAGUACCAAUUCAAAACGAUCAAUGUCUUCUCUUUUACCAUAUUCAGCUAGUACAGAUUCAUUAUGGAGGAAAAGGCAGCAAAGUGGAUUAAGCUUUGGUAGAGUUGAUGAGUAUGGACGUUUUGAACGAAAUAUAGAACCAGAUCCCGAUAAAAAUAAAGAAUCUGGUAUUAGACGAAUGAUGAAAAAAUUUGUGAAUAAUGAUGGUGUAAAAAUACAAGAAGAUAUGGCAUGGCAAGUAGCUGAAAUGAUUGUUAAAGAUGUCACUAGUGUGACAAUGGCUAAUAAUGAUGAAGACUAUGGUGCAGAAUAAUAUAUUUAUAUAUAGCUAUGGAUUAUGUAUGUAAUUUUAAUACACAAUUAACAAAAAUGAUGAAUUAUUAUUACAUUUAAUAAACUCUGUGUAAGUUACGCACAUAUUGUAAAACA